AAUACAUAGAUCCUGGGACAGACCCAAACGAACCAAAAUAAUAGGCAGCCAAGACUCGAGAAGAGAGAGAAAAAAGAGGCAGAAAUGGCGUCAUAUGCAGCAGUGCCGUUUUGGAGGGCAGCAGGAAUGACUUACAUAACCUACUCCAAUCUGUGCGCGAACCUGGUGAGGCAGUGCCUCAAGGAGCCCUACCGCUCUGAAGCCUUGACCCGAGAGAAGGUCCACUUUUCCGCCUCCAAAUGGGUCGACGGCAAACCCCAGAAACCCAUCAUUCGAUCAGAUACUGGGGAAGAAUGAGGAUGGACAGAGGCGUUUAGUGCUUUACGAAGCUUAUUCCUGCUGGAGGUCUUCUUUUUAAAACUUUUUUUUUUUUUUUUUUUUUUAUCCCUAGCUUCAAACUUUUGGGGAUAUGAACUAUUUACAUCAGACAGUUGUCUGCUGAGUUUUCACUAAGUCACAUGUAAUAAUGUAACUUUUGUGACCCAGUUUGUGCUGCUUCUUUUUUGUCGCUGAAUGAAUAAUGGUUUUUCUUCUUUCAA